AUGGCGGCCUGUUCUUGCACCAGCAGCGCAGCCAUUUCCCAGGUCGCGUUUAUCUACUGGCAGCCCCAGCAGCGGCCGACACCACUCAACCAAUCCUUUGAUACCUUUGCUGCGCAGCAGUCGGAUCUCUGGACAGAACCCGAACUGUCUUUCUCCGAUAUCGACUGGAAUUUUAUCUCUACCAACCACCAUCAUGCUACCCCUUACUCUACGGCCGCGGGCGGACUUGAUAUGUCUGUCACGGACCCAUACGGUGUGGCGACCGCCUUCGCUUCCCUCUCAGACUCGGGCUCCCUUGAGCAACAGUCUCAGAACACUUCCUCUUUCAUUCCUAGUUCGGCGAAUUCCCAAGAUGGGCUUUCGCAUUCUUCACCUGCAUCUCAAGUCCCGGCUUCCGUUGCAACAUCUAAGUCUAGUCCUGCGAAUUCGCUGGGUGAUGACGCCCUGGGUCGUGUUGACUCGUCUCGCGUAGAAAAACGCAGACUGAAUACACUUGCGGCUCGGAGAUGUCGGCAGCGGCGUGUCGAUCAGAUGAAGACUCUCGAAGACGAGUUGGAACUUAUCCGGAAAGAACGUGAUGAGCUGAGGCUUAAGGUUUCGAAGCUGGAGGGGGAAACGGAGGCAUUGAAAGGACUUCUCUCUCGAAAGAGCAAGUGA